UGUCUGGGGACUGGAUAUGUUAUUAUUGAAACUAGGCAAGUUACCACAUUAUAUCUAAUGUAACCAUUCAGAAUAGCAAAAAAUGCUGAAUAUCAGCUCCAGAUAAUGCAUUUGCUCCUAGUAUAAACUUUGUUCAAUGGGGAAUCCUGGCUAGAGCCUCUCGAAAGAAAUGACUCAGAAACAAAUGCAGAGUCAUUAGCUGGACCAAGUCAUGUGAAAGAAGAUAAUGUGGCCUCCACCUCAGCUGCUGUUUCCCAGAAGACAGAGCCAAUGGGUGGUAUGCCAUCGAUGCUGUCAUCUCAGCAGUCUGGAAAGGAUGCUUCCAGAGCUGGAGAGGAGGAUGAGACGUGGUCACCGUCCUCCUCUCCAAACAAACCUGCUGUAGGACAUGCAGCAAAGUCCCUUCCAUCAAUGUCGGCCUCUUCGAUGUCCCCCUCUCCUUCUACGUCCUCAUCGUUGUCCCCUGGCCGAGCAAAGAUGAGUGUUUCUGGGCCAGGUAGCAGUAAAACCGUCCAUGCCCCUGCUCCCUCCUCUUCCUCGUCAUCUUCCUCUUCCUCAUCCUCUACAUCUUCCUCCUCUGCCACGACCUCCUCAUCUCCCUCUGUCUCACCUGCCCCACCUAAGAUCCACAGGGCCCGCAAGACCAUGAACAGGCCACCACCAGCCCAGGUGAGCCACACGGAGGCACCUUCAGCAUCUUCUGCCUGCCUUUCCCCCGACUCUGAAACAGUUGCCAAAAGGAGAAAACUGGAUCAUUCAUCUGACAGAACACCUGCCAAGUCAGAGAAUAUUCCAGACAAUGCUCAGACGGUGGAAGAAACCUUAUUCCAUAAAAAGAUGGAGUCUGUUACAAAAACUUCACAAGAGAAAAACAACAGCAGCUCGGGGAGGUCGGAAGAGGAAAAAACUCGAAUUUCCAGUCCGUCCGCCCAAGAUUUAGAAAAGUUUGAAGAUAGUGGAGCAGAAGUAAGGCAGCACGCUAAAGACAUAGAGGGGUCAGUGAACAUGUCAGAUCAUAGUUCAGAGUCUGAAACACAGAGAGCCAGACAGAGUAGAAACGAGAGCGAGGAGUCGUCAAACACAGCCGACGUGGUGGAGACAGUCGGAGCAGGAAGGACGACUGAGUACACAGAGGUUCCUCUAGGCGCUCUGGACAUCGCUGCUGCUGACAGUUUGACACUUUCCCCUCAUCAUGAAGGAAGCGAUGCAGGAGACACGGAGCGGCUGGAGGAGCUUCCUCUGUGCAGCUGCAGGAUGGAGGCUCCUCGAGUGGACAGCACCAGCCACCGCAUCAGCAGACAGUGUAUGGCCACCGAGAGCAUCAACGGAGAGCUGAGGGCUUGCACCAAUCGGACAGUAAAAGGGGAGACGAUGCGGCCGUCGAGUCGGGUUCCCCUCAUGGUUCUCUGUGAUGCCCAUCGGUCACACAUGGUCAAACACCACUGCUGUCCUGGGUGUGGAUACUUCUGCAUAGCGGGCACGUUUCUCGAGUGCUGCCCAGACCAGCGCAUCGCUCACCGCUUUCACCGCGGUUGCGUGACGGUGCUGGGCGGAGGGCGCAGCAGAGCGAACGACGGCGGCAUGCUCUUCUGUCCACACUGUGGUGAAGAUGCCUCUGAGGCCCAGGAGGUCACCAUCCCCUCCUUCAGCUCAGCUACAGCCUCCGCAACCACCGUAGUCACGAUGUCGGCCUCUUCCACCACCACCCCGUCUCUGCCGCCCUCCGCCCCCACAGCACCCUCGCUUACAGCCUCAACAGGAGGGAUGAAAGAUGGGAAGAUGCCCGAAAGACCUGUCAGCGCUCGUAUGCGUAGUCACGGUUUGGUAACGGUGGCGGUGGAGCAGCAGCAGCAGUCCACGCAGCCUGUAGCCUCUGCAGCAACCGCAACCGCCGUCCCCCCUGCAGAGGAGGGAGUGGACAGUGUGGGGCCCUCGCUCUGCAUGCCAAAUGGGAAACCUGUCAGCCCAAGCGCACUACCACCUGGGCCCAGCAGGGCGGCGCUGCAGAAGGCCAUUCUCACGCAGGACACUGAGAGGAAGAAGAAACUGAGGUUCCACCCCCGCCAGCUCUAUCCUGCUGCCAAACAAGGAGAGGUGCAGAGAGUUCUGCUCAUGCUGAUGGAGGGCAUAGAUCCAACGUACCAGCCUGACUCUCAGAACAGACGCUCUGCUCUGCACGCUGCGGCUCAGAGAGGUCUGCUGGAAAUCUGCUACAUGCUCAUACAGGCUGGUGCUAAAGUGGAUGCCCAGGACAAAGACAUGAGGACGCCCCUGUUGGAAGCGAUCAUCAACAAUCACAUUGAAGUGGCUCACUACCUGAUCCAGAACGGCGCCUGUGUCUAUCAUAUUGAGGAGGACGGAUAUACUGGCCUCCACCACGCAGCCAAACUGGGAAACCUGGAAAUUUUGAACAUGCUUCUGGAAACGGGGCAGGUUGAUGUAAAUGCACAGGACAGCGGGGGCUGGACGCCGAUCAUCUGGGCUGCAGAGCACAAACAUGUAACGGUCAUCAAAGCGCUGCUGAACAGAGGAGCUGAUGUCACCAUUAAUGAUAAAUCCCCUCUUUCCCUCCAGGAGCUGAACGUGUGUCUCCACUGGGCAGCGUACGCAGGGAGUGUGGAUAUAGCCGAGCUGGUGUUGAACGCUGGCUGCUCCCUCGCCUCAGUGAACAUGCACGGAGACACGCCGCUCCACAUCGCCGCCAGAGAGGGCUACCUGGAAUGCGUUACGUUGUUUCUAUCCAGAGGCGCAGACAUUGACAUCAUGAACAGGGAAGGAGACACUCCUCUCACCCUCGCACGGCCCGACACGCCGGUGUGGGUGGCUCUCCAGAUCAACAGGAAGCUUAGAAGGGGAAUAACCAAUCGCAUGCUUCGGACUGAACGAAUCAUCUGCAGCGACGUUGCGCAGGGCUACGAGAAUGUACCGAUCCCCUGUGUGAAUGCGGUGGAUGACGAGGGCUGUCCUUCAGACUACAAAUAUGUUUCAGAAAACUGUGAAACUUCAGCAAUGAACAUAGACCGCAAUAUUACACACUUACAGCACUGUGGCUGCACUGACGACUGCUCGUCGAGUAACUGCCUCUGUGGACAGCUCAGUAUCCGCUGCUGGUAUGACAAGGACCAGCGGCUGCUCCAGGAGUUCAACAAAAUUGAGCCUCCGCUUAUAUUUGAGUGCAACAUGGCGUGUUCCUGUUACCGAACGUGCAAGAACAGAGUCGUACAGGCAGGAAUAAAGGUUCGUCUUCAGCUCUACAGGACAGAGAAGAUGGGCUGGGGAGUCCGAGCUCUGCAGGACAUUCCACAGGGAAGCUUCAUCUGCGAGUAUGUUGGGGAGCUGAUCUCUGACGCAGAGGCAGAUGUUCGAGAAGACGACUCCUACCUGUUUGACCUGGACAACAAGGACGGGGAGGUGUAUUGUAUCGACGCCCGCUACUAUGGCAACAUCAGCCGCUUCAUCAACCACCUGUGUGACCCAAACCUCAUCCCAGUGCGUGUGUUCAUGCUGCACCAGGACCUGAGAUUCCCCCGCAUCGCCUUCUUCAGCUCCAGAGACAUCCUCAGUGGACAAGAGCUGGGAUUUGACUAUGGAGACCGCUUCUGGGACAUCAAGAGCAAGUAUUUCACCUGUCAGUGUGGAUCAGAGAAAUGUAAGCACUCGGCCGAGGCCAUCGCCUUGGAGCAAAGCAGGCUGGCUCGAUUGGAGGCUUGUCCAGAGUCGGGAGCCGACUGCGGGAUGAGCCUGAUGGGAAACUCUUAAAAACACUCGCACAGUGGGGCCUUUGGAUCAACUUCAUCCAUUUCACACACGUACAUCAUCAGUCUUUGAUGCAUGGUGCUGUUUUUUUCCUACUUGAAAUGCUCUUUUUCUUCACAAACUUGCCACCUUGAAGUUGAUCGUCAUGGAAGAGGACAUGGGCCUUAACAUUUCUUUUAACCUGUGUGAUUCUGUGCGUACAGUAUGUCUACUGUAUAUCAAGGUGUCCUUCUACCUUGACACAUGAAGCUUGUGCAUUAGCAGUCUGCCAUCAUUUAACUGUCAUAAAUCUGUGGUUUUUCUGUUGUGCCAACAAAUGCAAUGCAUUUUUACACAGUACAGUAGUGGGUCAACCAUUAAACAGCCCAUACUGCACAUAACAAGGACCUGAUGGAUAGUGUCAUUUAGGAUGAUUGUGUUAGCUUUAUUUUCUUUAUUUUUGUACGUAUUACUUUCUUUAUCACUCUUAAGUGUAAUAAAUUAGCUCAUGAGUUGAUCUUUGGGCUCUUUUA